AUGACCAGAAGCAUAAAGGAUGUCAGCCACUUAAGAGCCACUCUUUCUCUUCAGAGCCGAGCUGCCAGAGACCUGAUUCCCAGCAGCCCUUGCGCAGGCCAGCGGACGCGCUGGGAGGCAGCCGACUCCGCGGGAAGGCUUUUUAUAAAGGGGGAGCCAGCCGGCGUAAGGCCAAGGCCAGCGGACGCGCUGGGAGGCAGCCGACUCCGCGGGAAGGAAAGUUCCUCUCCCGACCCCGAGUCUGAUGAACAGCGGACGUCAUUCGGUAAGGUGAAUCUGCCACCGGGAGGCAAGAAAAUUCAGGGGGCCCGAAAACCCAGCGCUGUGUCGUCGGCCGACGUUUAUCUAGAAAUGGAGAUAAGGCCUCCGCCAUAUGUGCCCUCCUUGCAAUCCCCUCCGAGGAGAGAAGCUCCCACAGGUGAACCGAGAGGAUUAAGAGGGCCAACGGGAACCAACCAUGAGGGGGGACCGGCAUUGGGGACCCGGGGGAAAACUAAGGGAGAUAGGGGUAAGCAAGACCCUGGGGACCUAGAGUUACCUUCAUCCACUGUUCAGGCGCUCCCUGUCCGAGUGGGACCAACUAACCCGGACGGAGAGCGAACCUAUCAGUACUGGCCCUUUUCCACGAGUGACCUGUACAAUUGGAAGACCCAAAACCCUCCUUUCUCAGAGAAGCCCCAAGGCCUCAUUGACCUCUUAGAUUCCAUUUUGUUCACUCAUAAUCCCACCUGGGAUGAUUGUCAGCAGCUGUUGCAGGUGCUCUUCACCACGGAAGAACGGGAGCGAAUUCUGGCAGAGGCGAGGAAACGGGUACCAGGGGUCGACGGGAGGCCAACUGCCCAGCCUCAUCUUGUGGACGAGGGGUUUCCCCUGUUGCAGCCUAACUGGGAUUUUGAGCGAGUGGAAAGUAGGGAGCGUCUCUGAGUAUACCGCCAGACUCUAAUGGCUGGCCUGCGGGCUGCAGCAAAAAAGCCGACAAAUCUGGCAAAGGUAAAUUUAGUAAGGCAAGAGCCCACUGAAAGCCCGGCAGCCUUCCUAGAGAGGCUGAUGGAAGCUUUCAGGCAAUAUACACCUAUGGACCCCCAGGCUGAGGAGUCACGCACUGCAGUUUUGUUAGCGUUUGUGAAUCAGGCAGCCCCAGAUAUUAGGAAGAAAUUACAAAAAGUAGAGGGAUUGGGAAAACAGACAAUACAGGAUUUACUGAAAGUAGCUGAAAAGGUAUUUAAUAAUAGGGAGACCCCAGAAGAAAGGGAAGAGCGAAUUCGGCGGGAGGAAAGGGAAUUAGCGGAGAAGAUCAGGAAAGAAAACAGGGAACAUAGGGCUAGAGAAAACCGGAAGAACCAGAAGGAGCUAGCCCAGAUUCUUUUUGCGGGGAUAAAGGCUGGAACAGAAUUGAGGGAACCUCGAAACCCCCGGACGAGAAAAAAAAACAAACCAAAAAGGCAGGCCCUAAAGAAGGAUCAGUGCGUCUACUGCAAAGAACAGGGGCACUGGAAAAACGAGUGCCCUAAGAGGGACUCAAAGAGAGGAAUGACCCAGAGAGAAAAAAUUCCCCCUGGAACUCGAGUUCUAUAUGCGGGGGAAGACAGUGACUAGGGGAGUCGAGACUCGGCACCCCUCCCCGAGUCCUGGGUAACCAUACAUGUGGAGGGGAAACCCGUUGGCUUCAUGGUAGAUACUGGCGCCCAACACUCUGUUUUAAAUAAAAAACUGGGACCAAUGUCUAAGAAAGCCAGCUUAGUGCAAGGAGCCACGGGGACAAAAAGAUAUUGUUGGACCACAGAACGGAAAGUAAAUCUGGGGACCCACCAGGUGUCCCAUUCGUUUUUGGUGAUACCAGAAUGCCCAGCCCCUCUACUUGGAAGAGACUUGUUGACUAAAGUUAAUGCUCAGAUCCAUUUUGACCCCGGGGGAAUGUCAGUCACGGAUGGACUUGGACAACCGAUACAUGUCUUGUCCCUAGCCUUAAGGGAUGAAUACAGACUUUUUGCGCCUAAGCCCUCAGAGACCAUAGCACUAGAUGUACAACCGUGGGUCCAUAAAUAUCCAUUGGCCUGGGCAGAAACAGCAGGAAUGGGACUAGCUAAACAGAGACAUCCGGUCGUCAUCGAGCUAAAGGCUGAGGCAAUUCCUGUGAGGGUGAGACAGUACCCUAUGAGCCAAGAAGCUCGGCGGGGGAUCACUCCCCACAUUCGACGGCUCAUGGAGGCCGGAAUUCUCAGGCGAUGCCAAUCCCCUUGGAACACCCCCUUACUGCUGGUGAAGAAGCCAGGGGGGACGGAUUACAGACCUGUCCAAGACCUGCAAGAAGUCAACAAACGGGUGAGUGACAUACACCCAACUGUCCCUAACCCGUAUACUCUCCUGAGCAGUUUACUGCCUGAGUACACUUGGUACACUGUGCUGGACUUGAAAGAUGCCUUUUUCAGCCUACCCCUGGCAGUCCAGAGCCAGGAGAUAUUUGCCUUUGAGUAGACUGAGGGGGAAGGCCAACCGGUAGUACAAUUAACUUGGACCCGCCUCCCACAGGGGUUCAAGAACUCCCCUACCUUGUUUAAUGAGGCUCUGAGUGAAGACCUCUACGAAUAUCGGGCUUGCCACCCAGAGGUCAUUCUGCUACAAUAUGUAGAUGACCUUAUGUUGGCUGGAACCACAGAGGAAGCUUGCAGCCAUGCCACUGGGGACCUAUUACAGACCCUAGGCAUCUUGGGGUAUCGCGCUAGCGCAAAGAAGGCACAAAUAGCCCGGCAAGAGGUCACCUAUUUGGGGUAUAAAAUCAGGCAGGGGCAAAGGUGGCUAACCCAGGCCAUGAAAGAAACAAUAUUGCAGAUACCAGAGCCCAAAAACCCUCGCCAGGUGAGAGAGUUCCUGGGGACUGUUGGAUAUUGCAGACUGUGGAUUAUGGGGUUUGCUGAGAAGGCCCGGCCCUUAUAUGAGGAAAGUAAAGAGACCCCAAAGUGGACUUGGACUGAGCCAAUGAAACAGGCUUUCCAGACACUCAGACGGGCCCUACUAGAAGCCCCAGCCCUUGCCCUGCCUAACCCAAAUAAGUCAUUCCAGCUGUUUGUAGAUGAAAAGCAAGGAAUAGGAAAGGGGGUCUUGACUCAACAAUGGGGACCAUGGAAGCGGCCGGUAGCAUACCUUUCGAAGCGAUUAGACCCGGUGGCCGCUGGGUGGCUCCCUUGCCUUCGCAUCAUUGCAGCUACAGCCCUCCUCGUCCACGACGCUGACAAGUUGACGUAUGGACAGCAACUCUCGGUUUACACCCCCCACGCAGUGGAAGGGGUUUUAAAGCAGCCGCCGGGUAAGUGGAUCUCCAAUGCCCGCUUGACACACUACCAGGCCUUGCUGCUCGAUGCCCCACGGGUGCGUUUUCAGACCCCUUGCUCCCUAAAUCCGGCCACGCUCCUACCCAACCCAGAGAAGGACAGCCCUCUCCAUGAUUGCAGUGAGAUACUGGCUGAGGCCCUGGCGGCACAAAAAGACUUAACUGAUGUACCCCUAAGCAACAGUGAGCUAGUAUGGUUCACCGAUGGGAGCAGUUAUAUAAAAGAUGGGCAAAGAAAGGCGGGAGCCGCCAUAGUUGAUGAUUCAGGGCGGACGAUAUGGGCUGAGACACUACCCCCAAACACUUCUGCACAAAAAGCAGAAUUGAUUGCCCUAAUACAGGCUCUGGAGCAAGCCAAAGGGAAGAGAGUCACCAUUUUUACUGACAGCCGAUAUGCUUUCAGCACUGCCCAUAUUCAAGGUCCCAUAUACCAAGAAAGGGGAUUUCGGACAGCUGAGGGAAAAGAGGUCAAAAAUCUGCCUGAGAUUCGCAGGCUCUUGGAAGCUGUCCAACUACCCCGGGCAGUAGCUAUAGUACAUGUCCCCGGUCACCAGAAGGGAGAAGACCCUAAGGCGCGAGGCAAUCGUGCUGCUGAUGCGGCCGCUCGAGAAGCGGCUAGCCGGGACUAUGCCGCCCCCAUAUUAGCCGUGGGCCUUCCACCCCCUGGUAUGGGGACCUUGCCACCAGUUCCCGAAUAUUCCCUCCCUGAUCUCGCCUGGAUCAACAAGGAUACCACCCUCCAGAAAGAUGACCAAGAUGGAUGGUACCGAGACCAAAACAACAACCUGAUCUUGCCUGCCACCCUGGGUCGUCACCUGUGUGAACACCUGCACACAACUACGCACUUGGGAGAAAAAAAGACCCUAACACUUCUCCAGAUGGCCUGCCUGAGGUUCCCUCGACAAAAUGCAACUGUACGAGAGAUAAUUCAAGCCUGCGAAGCGUGCCAGCUGAUGAGGGCAGAGAAGAAGCAGCACUCGGGAACGAGGUACCGAGGGGAAAAGCCAGGGCAACAUUGGGAGAUAGAUUUCACCGAGGUAAGGCCAGACAAGUAUGGGUACCGCUAUCUGUUGAGGUGGGAUGUCGGAAACAGAGAUCUAGUUAGCCUCACCUUCAAGGACCGUAGACACCAGGGGCCUCAGGUACGAGUACGAUUUAACCAGGAACGGGCGAAAAAAGAAAACCGCUGGACCUCAGGACUGACUUGGGGUUUUCAGCUUCACGUAAAUUGGCCCGGCCCCUACCCAGGCGAGCUUUUAAUCAUUAAACAGGUUAUUGAGCCGGUGCAGGUACAUAGUUUAGGUCCCAAUCUGGUCAAAGCAUUACAGGGGCACAAGGCGACCCCCAAGCCAACCCCCUUCAGACCAAGCUUGCCAGGAACAUUUAACAUCUCUUCUACCCCGAGCCUCAGAGGCAAACUGACAGAAACCCCUGGCCCUCUGGCUGUUACCAUUAGCUCAGCAAUUCAGGACCCGCUAUGGGCCUUAGUGAAUGCAGCCUUUACGGUCAUAAACCAUACCAACCCUAAUGCAACCCAGUCCUGUUGGCUUUGUUAUAAUCUUCACCCCCCCUUCUAUGAGGCCAUAGGCCUCAAAGUCUCUUACCACUUAUCUUCAGGCCAGGACCCACCCCCAUGCCGAUGGAAAGAACGCAAGGUUGGCCUCACAAUGAAUAAAGUUUGGAGACAGGGACUCUGUUUGGGCACAGUGCCACGUGAUAAAACUUCCCUCUGUGCCCAGACUAUUAGUAACCUACGCUUAUAUGGCAAAAAUUGGAUUGUGCCAGAGGUUGGGGGCUGGUAGAUUUGUUCACAUACUGGGCUAACCCCAUGUUUAAAUGUGAAGGUUUUUAACCAGAGUCAAGAAUUCUGUGUCCUGGUUGCUGUAAUGCCAAAAAUCUUAUACCACUCUGAAGAGGUUAUGUACUCACAUUGGGACCGAGAAUUGCUAAGACAAAAGAGAGAGCCAAUCAGUGCGAUCACCAUGGCAGCCUUGUUCAGUCUUGGGCUAGCAGGAGCAGGGACAGGAAUAGCUUCACUAUCUCUGCAAGGCCAAGGGUUUUCUUCCCUACGAGCCGCCAUAGAUGAAGAUAUAACUCGCAUAGAAGAAUCAAUCAGCCACUUAGAGAAGUCUCUGACUUCCUUGUCUGAGGUGGUCUUGCAAAAUAGGAGAGGAUUAGACUUGAUUUUUCUCCAACGGGGUGGGGUCUGCGCGGCUCUGGGAGAAAAAUGUUGUUUCUAUGCAGACCAUACAGGAGUGGUAAGAAAAUCUAUGGCAAAAAUAAGAGAAGGGCUGGUGCAACGAAAGAGAGAACGGGAGGCCCAACAGGGAUGGUUUGAGUCUUGGUUUCAACGCUCCCCCUGGCUGACCACCUUAGUUUCCACCCUCCUGGGCCCGCUUAUAGUGCUAUUAUUAACACUUACAUUUGGCCCUUGUAUUUUAAACCGGCUAAUGUCAUUUAUUAGAAAACGUCUAAAUACCAUUCAGAUUAUGGUAUUGAGGCAGCAAUAUCAGAUGGUAGCCCAGGAUAAAGAGAAAGAUUCC